AUGAUCGCCACGCAGGCCAAGCUGGUGUACCAGCUGAACAAGUACCACGGCGAGCGGUGCCAGGCGCGCAAGGCCGCCAUCGCCAAGACCAUCCGCGAGGUGUGCAAGGUGGUAUCGGACGUUCUGAAGGAGGUGGAAGUCCAGGAGCCGCGCUUCAUCAGCUCCUUGAGCGAAAUCGACGCGCGCUACGAGGGCAUGGAGGUGACGUCGCCCAACGAGUUCGAGGUGGUGCUCUACCUCAACCAGAUGGGCGUCUUCAACUUCGUGGACGACGGCUCUCUGCCCGGCUGCGCCGUGCUGAAGCUGAGCGACGGGCGCAAGCGCAGCAUGUCGCUAUGGGUGGAGUUCAUCACCGCGUCGGGCUACCUGUCGGCGCGCAAGAUCCGCUCGCGCUUCCAGACGCUGGUGGCGCAGGCGGUGGACAAGUGCAGCUACCGCGACGUGGUCAAGAUGGUGGCGGACACCAGCGAGGUGCGGCUGCGCAUCCGCGAGCGCUACGUGGUGCAGAUCACGCCGGCCUUCAAGUGCACGGGCAUAUGGCCGCGCAGCGCUGCGCAGUGGCCGGCCGCGCACAUCCCCUGGCCGGGGCCCAACCGCGUGGCCGAGGUCAAGGCGGAGGGCUUCAACCUGCUCUCCAAGGAGUGCUACUCGCUCAGCGGCAAGCAGAGCUCGGCCGAGAGCGACGCCUGGGUGCUGCAGUUCAGCGAGGCCGAGAACCGGCUGCUCAUGGCCGGAUGCCGCAAGAAGUGCCUCUCGGUGCUCAAGACGCUACGCGACCGGCACCUGGAGCUGCCCGGACAGCCGCUCAACAGCUACCACAUGAAGACGCUGCUGCUCUACGAGUGCGAGAAGCACCCGCGCGAGGCCGACUGGGACGAGGCCUGCCUGGGCGACCGUCUCAACGGCAUUCUGCUGCAGCUCAUCUCCUGCCUCCAAUGCCGCAGAUGCCCUCACUACUUCCUGCCCAACCUGGACCUCUUUCAGGGAAAGCCACACUCGGCCCUCGAGGCGGCCGCCAAGCAGACGUGGAGGCUCGCCCGGGAGAUCCUCACCAACGCCAAAAGCUUGGACAAAUUAUAA